AUGGAGGACGGCGAAUCUCAAGACAUGUUUGCAGACUUUGUGGACCAGCUCGAGUACAAUAUUGAUUGCGAUCGGGCUGAAGAUUGUACAGCCGAAGGAUCUGAAGAAGAGACCGAUUCCGGCGAGGAUGAGGAUAUGUCAUCUGAUGAUGAGGAUCUCGUGUCUCCUGAUGAUGCAAUUGGUUCACCAAGCCAAUCGGAAAUCCUCACGACUGCACCUACUACACAAGCGGUACCUUGGAUUUGGACACCAGGGUCUCAUCACACUCCUGAAGUGCAAGAUUUCGAUAAUUUAGCUUCUGGUUGGGCUCACCUUAUCUCAAAUUCAGAUUCAGAACUAGAUUUGUUUCUGAAAAUGUUCGAUGAUGACUGCAGAGAAAUAUGUCUGUCUGAAACCAAUAAGUAUGCUGAUCAAACUGGAAAUUGUCGCACAAAACGAUGGGUGAAAUGGACUGAUGUCACAGAUGGAGAACUUCUGAAGUUUAUUGCUGUCCGGAUGUUGAUGGGAAUAAACAAGAAACCAGAAAUGAAGAAAUUUUGGUCGAAAGAUCCCCUAUUCCAUUUUCCAAUAAUUGGUCAGAUUAUGCCCCAAGACCGUUUCUUCGAGAUUCACAAGAAUCUUCACUUUUGUGAUAAUACUGAGUAUGUGGCUGGAAAUAGACUCUUCAAGAUUCAAAAAAUUUGGGAUAAAGUGAACGCCAACUUCAAGUCUUUUCUCAUACCCCAUAAGAACUUGAGUGUUGACGAAUCCCUCAUUCUCUUCAAAGGAAGGCUCUACUUUCGUCAGUUUAUUCCGAGCAAGCGAUCAAGAUUUGGAAUAAAAACAUACUCCAUAGUUGACGCUGAAACUGGGUUCAUUCUAUUUUCGUACAUUUAUUCUGGCAAAAACGAAGACCUACCAUUCUCGACAAAAGAUUAUGGAUACGGUGGUGCAAUAGUGCUGGAAUUGGCGAAGCAUUAUUUGAACAAAGGGCAUCACAUCUACUGCGACAAUUUCUUUACAUCCCCAAAUCUUGCUCAGUUUUUACUACAAAACAAGACGUAUCUUUGCGGAACUCUUAGGAAAGGAAGAAAAAAUGCAGCAGUACCACCACAGAGAAUGCAACGGGGUCAAGUUGAAGUUUUCUCGGCGAACGGCGUUUUGAACGAAUUUUGGAAGGAUAAGAAAGUAGUGCGUAUGAUCUCAACGGUACAUGAACACAGCAUGGUAGAUGUCGAAAAACGUGAUGGAACAAUUGUUCAAAAACCAAAAAGCGUGGUUGAUUAUAACAAGAAUGCCAGAGGAAUUGACCAAGGAGAUAUGCAAAUGCACUUCAAUUCGACCAAAAGAAAAACAAGGAAAUGGUACAAGAAACUAUUUUUUCAACUAAUUGACAUGUGUCUCUACAAUUCAUUCAGAGUCUUCAAGUACCUUCACGGAAAUGCAAAAUUCUUGGAUUUCCAACUGCAAAUUAUCCGCCAGAUAUUGGACAAAUUUGGACUGAAGAAAACCAUUGUUCAGGUACCAUCGCGAGAUUUGCAGCGCUUAGGGGGCCGUCAUUUUCCUGAAUAUAAUUCAAGUACAAAAGGAAAGACUCAUGGCUCCAGAAAAUGUCAUUUGUGCGGAAUGAAGGAUGUCACGGGUGGCAAACGUAAGGAGACUAGGUUUCAGCUUGAUACGUGUCUUGUUCCGUUGUGCAUUAUUCCAUGUUUUAAACUGUAUCACACGCGUAAAAAUUUAUAA